CUCGGCAUUUGCUAGCAGAAUGGGUAUCUUGAAGGAGCUCCCAGAUGAAAUUCUUCUCUCUGUCUUCAAGCAUCUUGAGGACAGCGAGGCGCAGUGUGUAGAGCACCUACUAUCGGGCCUGUCCACCUUCAAGGAGGGAAGGCGAAGCAUACGUGAGUUCCACAUGAGUCACCUACACUUUGAUGAGACUUGGAGCUGUUUCAGGUCCUCCAAAUGCCUGCUUGUGGACACGAUCAUAGACUUUUUGAGCCUGCAGAAAAACUUGAGACUGUUCAACAUGCACGACAGCUACAUGACGCCUCCGUUUGGUUUCCGAGUUGUGAAGGCGCUCUCUAGGAGCAAAUCGGCAAAUUCGUUGGAAGUCGUAAACGUCGUCGAUUUUUACAGCAUGGAAGCUUCGAAGAGGAUUAUAGGAGUUCAGCUUCGGUACUUAUCUACCAAAUGUUGCAAUCUCAGAGAAAUAGCGCUGAAUUAUUCCUACUUGUACGCAACGAAAGUUGUGGAUCUCUGCGAAAAUCUCCAAGCUACGUUGAAGAAAUUGAUCCUGUAUUUAUCCUUUUGGGAAUAUGCUCGUCCCGAUGACAUUAUCUCUUCAGACCGAUGGAAGCUCGCGCGUAAAGUGUGUCCAAACCUCCGAGUGUCCGUGCGCAUGACCAACUGGUCAAGGGACCCCGCCAUGUUCCUCGGGCAAGAGAUGCCGUUGGUUCACCUUGGAGUCCAGGGUGGUCAGUGCCGCUACUCAUCCUUGACAUUCGUGGACAAGACAGUCAACCUACUGAACCAUCUGGCAAAGAAUUUCGCGCCAACGCUGAAGUCGAUCUCUCUUGAGGCGGACGGUAGCUCAGGAGGCUUGCGUUUGCGGCAGGGGGAGUUAAGUGGAUUUCUCGCCUGCUGUACAAAUGUGCGUUACGUCACGCUGUCGGAUUCGAUCCUUUCUUUAGAGUCGCUGAGGACAAUAAGAUCGGCCUUUCCGAUAUCCCCAAAUGGCCCAGUUGAUAUACAAGUUGUAAAUGCCGAUGAUCAAAACAUGGUGUACUGCUGACAAAAUGUUAACAGAAAACAACCGAAAAACACUGCUUUACGGUAGAGAAUCAUAAGCGUUAGAAACAAUGAAACAACUGACUUACAGUAUGAGGGUACCAGGAAGUGGUAUGCCACAGACAUUCUGAUUGCAAAACGCACUUGAAAUUUUAAUCGAACGUAAGGUAAUAAUAUGGAAAUAGAGGGAGGGAAGGAGAGAGAGAGAGAGAGAGAGAGAGAGAGAGAGAGAGAGAGAGAGAGAGAGUUUUUGUUAUUGUUGUUCCUAUCGAUCCAACAACAGCUGGGCUCUUGCCCUUUUGUCCGAUGCCUCGUAGUGAUUAGUGCAGGUUUUCUGCAUUUGCAGUAAUGUUCCACAGAAUGGUGUUGUCAAUGUUAGGUCUCGAAUAGGGAAGUGUAGUUUUGAUGUCAUAUAGGGGUGUGCAGUGGAACAGAUGGUGAUCCACACUCUCAUAUGUGUAGUGACACAAAGGACACAUUAGAGAAAGUUUUGAUUUCAUUCUGUUUAAGUGGAUGUCUAGCUGUAAAUGUUCUGUUCGUAGGCGGAUGAUCGUGGUCUGUUCCUUUCUCUGAAGGUGGUUGAUGUUGUCAUUUUGUUUAGUUGUAUUCACAUACUUGAAAACUGCCCUGCCUGUUUUUCCCAAGACCCAUCUGUUCAUCAAUAUUGUUUGUUGUUUCUUUUAAUGAUUUGUUUUGCAGUGCCGUAUGAAGUUGUAAUAAUGGGCUGUUCCGGUCUAGAUCCUCUUUGGGCUGUUGUGUCUGCCCCGGCAUUUCCGAGUGUGUUUGGGUGUCUGGCAAUCCACUGCACUCCCAGGCUGACACCACAUGUUACCAGGUCAUGGGAGCCAUACAGUAUUAUAGGCGUCAAAUCCUGGUUUACAUGAUGGUCAUUUUCUACUGCUUGCAGGACUGACUGUGAUUCAGUGAAAAUCAAAACACCCUGACUUUUGUCAGGAUGAGUGUAACAAACUGUGCUGAGAUGGUGCAGUGCUCUUUCAGUUACCAUCAUUCCUGUGUCGUAAUCCUAGGUGCUGCAUUAUAUUUCUCUCCGUAGGCUACAGAGAUCUCAUUAGAACUUCCAUCUGUGUAUUGUUAAUUGUAUAAGUAUUGCAUAUUUGGUUGUGGUUGUGUCAUUGAAUGCUGAGCCGUCUGUGUUGACGUGCAUCCAGUCAUCUGAAAAGCUGUCGAUCAUUUGAUGUGAUGCAGGCGUCAACAUUAGUGAUGAGUCUGAAAAUUUUGCACUUCUGUCUUUGAGAGAUGUUGUAACAGUUGGUUUUUGGGGGGGGGGGGUCCACAGAAAAGUGAGGAGGAAUG